AUGCCACCAGGUCUCAAGGUCACACAAGCCGUGAUGAGUUCUUCUCUCGACAACAUCGCCUACAUCCUCGGCGGCCUCACAGCCACGGGCGGCACCAUCGGCUUCCUCCGCACUCGGUCCGUACCGUCUAUCGUAGCUGGCCUGACUGUCGGCCUGCUCUAUGGUAAAAUUCAAGACGGCCUCGGCGGCUACAGAAUUCAGAACCGCGAGCCGUACGGCGUCGAGUUGGCUCUGCUCGCCUCGGUCGUCCUAGGCGGCUCCUCGAUCCCCCGCGCCAUCCGGCUGCGCAAGCCCGUGCCCAUUGUGCUGGGCAUCAUUGCCAGCUACGGCCUGUACACUUUCGGCACCGUCUUCGGCAAGACUUUGUAG